CAUAACCAUGUAUUUUUGUUCGACAAAACGGUGUGUGCAGUAAGAUCGCGCACGAAACCGUAGGAAAUUGUUUUCGUCGGAAACGUACAAGUCGACAGGUAGGUAAAUUGUGCGGUUCCGACGUCGAUAAAAUCGCAAUGUGCAAAUUAACGAAAAAAGCAAACAAAUAACAGACGAUGCGAUGCGCCAGAUAAGGACCAACGACGACGGCAAUUCAUCCGUUUUGGUCGUGGCAAGUGCUGUUGCAUCCAAUUGCAACAUUGCACCGGGAACCGGCAAGAGACUCGUCCGCGGAUGAAGUGGCGCGCGUGGUACCUCCGGCCGGCGCAGUCUCUUCGUGGACUUCGGCCCAAACGCAUCGGGCGCGUGCUACUCCGCCGCCAUCACUGUCGAUCACCGUCUUGAUUCCAACGAACGUGACCGAAUAUUUUAUGCCUCAGAACACCACUCUUGCGGAACAUGGCUUAUUGGUGGUUGCUACAAUCAGCAAUGUGGUAUACCGCUAUUAUGGUGCUGACUAAUCCUCUGAUGCCAACUUUAGUCAUGGACGUGUUGCCCAAGCUUCCAUUGCUUAUCAUACGCCGUUUAGGUACCAUUCCCAUUGAAUCUAUUUAAUCGGAUCCCAAACCAUCCGUCCCGUCAAAAUCAUGAGUUCAACACGUAUAAACAGUGACAGGAAGUCGACUCGACGGCCUUCUGACUGGUUUGUUUCUAUGCGAAAGACGGUGCCGUUGAAAACACAUUGCAAGCGAACAGUGUCCGAUCGACGACCCGAGUAAAUACAGAUUGAGUACAAUUAUGAAAAUGAAGGUUGCUGGGACGCCGAAACGGGCCACCGUUGCGCUGGCAAUGUUCGCGAUGUUCACGGUACGGGCGGCCGCGGUUCAGCCGCACGUGAUGUUCAAGGCGCCACGGGUGUACAACGCUCUGAUCACCAGUGACCAGCAGCUGUUGCCGAGCCGGGCGGAUCCGAUCGUCGAGCCCGUGUUCCGUUCGUUCCAGUACAUUUACGGCUGGCCCGGGGCGUACGCGGUCGUGCCGCCCGCGUGGCCGUCGAGCGGCCGCGACGUCGCUGCUGGCGCUCGGGCCGAAAACCCCGCGCGCACCGAAGCUACGGACGCCACGCGCACCGAAGACGACGACGGAUGGCCGACCGCGGUGGUCAAGAACAACAAGCCGGCCGACGUCUCGGUGCCGGACGUGCCUCCGCCGCCGCUGCCGGUGUCCCGCGGUGGACAGAAGGACGGCAAGAAGAAACCGGAAGAGUUUCCGCCCGCGCCGGUCGGUUUCGCCAUCUGAAACCUCGCGCCUCGGCUCGAAUCUCGCCAACCGUCGCCGGAACCUCGCGGUGCCACGCGACGGUACCGCGCGGACCGAUUCAUCCGAUGCCCUGGCGCGCUCAACGAUCACCGAAAGUUGGUCAUCCAUCGUCCUUCGCCCAGUUACCCUCUGCUGACAACCCCUCAAUCGUCGUCGUCGUUCGCGGCCGAUCACCUACUCGUAUCGAAUUUAUCGCGCCAUUGUUCGUCCAAAUGCAAUAUCUUGACGAGGCUCGUCAUAUCAAAAUUUUAUUUAUUCCCCCUCUCAUUCCUCAUGCAAUAUUGAAACCGGACGGGUACGUGGUUCGGGAUUUUCGAGCUGCGUAGCGUGCGCCAAUACCAGUUCUAAAAACUUUUCGAACGUCCAUCUCAACAUUCGUUUAAUUUUAUACGCAACUAACUGAUAAUCAAAAUAAUCGUUGUAGUCAUUUGCAUCUAACUCGUUUUUGUUUUGUCAUCUGUUUAUUAGUGUUGUUGUGAACAAGCAAACUUUUAUCAAACUGUUCAAUUUAGAUUUAAGUAAAUAUCGUUUAGGUUAAGCAAAAAGAGUGUAUUUCACUAGUAAUUUUUAUGUGUUCCAUCUUGGUCGAUCAUAAUAUGUAAUAAGUUAUGUUAAUAUUAAAUAUAUGUAUUAUACUGUAAAUUUUUUUUUUCAGAAUUCCAAACGUUUAAGAUUCAUCAAUUGUAUAAUUUGAACGAAAAUGUCCUAAAAGGUUUUCGAUUAUAUUGUCUAAAUGAAUCAAAUAAAGUUAAAAUUAUUGAUAUAAUAA